AUGGACCAGGCUGGACAAUACACCAACAGGCACACGAAUCUCUUCCACUCAUCUCAUCUCCCCCCGCCGUCCGCCCUCCAGCUCCCUCCCCCCUCCUCCUACACCCUGCCACCCUUAUCCAAUCUCUCGCCCCCAGCAGCAAGGUUCCCCCCGCAGCCCCCGCCUCCUCGUACCUCCCACCUACCCACAUACUCAAGCUCGGGCACUGUGCUUCCACCCCUGCCCUCGCCCGCUGGUUCCCUGAACUCGUGGCCAAAUCUUAACAGACAGGAGCAACGCCUUGACUCGGCAGUAAAGCGCGAGUCCUCACAAGCCCAGCAACACACCAUGCCUCCCCCAGAUCACAAGGAUCCAGAGUCCGGCGCAGGAGCCGGCGAGGAUGGCAUGCCAACUACCAGUGAUUUUGUCAAGAAACUGUACAAAAUGCUGGAGGAUCAGUCUUUCCAACAUGUAGUAUCAUGGGGCCCACAGGGCGAUUGUUUCGUGGUCAAGGACAUGAACGAAUUCACGAAAUCCAUACUACCACGAAUGUUCAAGCAUUCCAACUUCGCUAGCUUUGUUCGGCAGCUAAACAAGUACGAUUUCCACAAGGUGAAAAACACAGAUGACAAUCAAUUUGGCGAGCAUAGCUGGAUGUUCCGACAUCCCGACUUUCAUGCCAAUCGCCGCGAUGCGCUCGAGAAUAUCAAGAGAAAGGUCCCAACACAGCGGAAACAAACUAAUCCUUCUACCAACCGACCGCUAUCGUCCACCUCUCCGGGGCCUUAUCCUGGUGCCUCCUCCGCUACCCAGCACCAGGUCGAGUCUCUUCAAGGACAAGUGGAACGCCUAACUCAGUCUCAGGACGAGAUGGCGUCCCGAAUACGAAAUCUCGAGCGCAACUACCAGGAUGUACUAGUGGAAAUGGUCACAUUCCAGAGGAACAUGGCCCAGCAGGACAGCCUUAUGCAAAACCUCAUUCAAUACUUUUUGCAAAUCGAGAAUGGCAAAUCGAAAAAUGCAGCACGCAUCGGUGCGAGCAACGAUCCUACUGGCACGGUAUCCGAUCAGAACCCCUUCCUCCCCACUCAAGAAGCCCAACGAAUGAUGGGUGCCUACCCAGAGUCCGAUGUCGCUCGAGCGACACUCGUACAAAUGAGUCAGAUCUCGAAACGCGCGGAGGUAGCAGGGCUUUCUUUUGGUGCAGACGGAGGGUUGAUGGCUUCAAAUAACAAUGGCAACGGAUCGACCAGGGGACGAGGCAUGGAUAGACCUUCGUCGAGAAUCUGGGCCGCCGCGGCUAAUGCCGGAUUAACGAGGUUUGAUGGCCCAGGCGAGGGUAGCUCCAGCUCUGGAAAGCCGCCGCCCAUUAUGACCAGGCAGGAGGCGCUGGCCCAGAUCGGCGAGUUGCAGGCGCAACGUAGUCGACCUGGCGGAAGUGGAGGCGGAGGCGACCAACGGGCCUUUGGGUCGUUCAAUAUGGGCGCGUCGACGUCGACGUCGAAUAUGUUCAACACCUCUUCCCCUGAAGAAGACAGCAUGGAUGAAGAAGUCGUUAUGCCUUCGCAAUCGACUACGGACCUCCGGGCGGCCGAAGAGAGUCCUCCCAGUCGGUCCAGUACAGCGAGUGCUUCUCGGUCUACUGGGAUACCUAUCAUUGGCGCGUGGGGUCCUGGCCAGACGCCUGACGGCAACGAAACAAGCCCUGGAUCACACCAAGGCCUGCAGGUGUAUACUGUGGGUCACUUAAUGCCAAAGAGCAAUGUCGAGGACACGAACGGGAAUUGGUCUUUUGAUGCCAACAGCCUCUCCAUGCUCUCCGGAUUCCCUGGACUAAUACCCCAGGGCCCAGGGCAGGCUGGAACGCAGGGCCAAGAUGGAGACAACCCGGGUGGCUUUGGAUCUGAACGGGCGUACACGGACUCCGCUGGUACCAGUCCAGGAAGUUCCUCAAGCCAAACGGCGUCUUCCCCAGGGUCCAGCAAGAAGCAGAAGCUCACUGUCAGACGUUCGACGUUCGUUCCAGGAUGGGCCGUGCCUCCCCGUGUUCUACUCGUCGACGACGAUGCUGUUAGUCGUAAACUCAGCAGUAAGUUCCUGCAGGUGUUUGGCUGCACCAUCGACGUUGCUAUGGACGGCGUCGCGGCGGUGAACAAAAUGAAUUUAGAGAAGUAUGAUCUAGUUCUAAUGGACAUUGUAAUGCCGAAGCUGGAUGGGGUGUCUGCGACCUCCCUCAUUCGCAAAUUCGACCAUAUGACACCUAUUAUAUCAAUGACCAGUAAUUCAAAGCCCAACGAUAUAAUGACAUACUAUUCCUCCGGCAUGAAUGAUAUUCUACCGAAACCCUUCACUAAGGAAGGUCUAUUAGACAUGCUCGAGAAACAUCUUAUGCACCUCAAGGUCAUUCAACAAAUGGCCCGUAUCCCUCGUUCGCUAGGCAUACCUCCUCUCUCGGAUACUGGCUUCGAACAAGCACUAACGUCGCAAGCUGCUGUCAUGUCGGCUCCCAGCAAUGACGGUAGCGCCACCGACAACACCCUCAACAACGUCGGCUUCUCUGGCAUUGGCGAGGAUGAUGGACGGUUGAAUCCCCUUGCCGGGAUGGGCCUGACCGAUGAGCAGUAUAACGCGAUCCUGCAGAAUCUCGUUAACGGAGAAAGCUUCUCCGGCGCCAUCGGCUUGAACCUUGGUAUGUCCAUGGGCGAAUCCAGCGGAGGAGAAAAGCGUUCGCUGGACGACCCCAGCGAUUCACGAGCAGGCAAACGAAGUCGCUUCGAAGUCGUGGAAUAA